AACAAUAUAUAAAUCGAAGAAGUGGGGAGUGGGACGGAGGAGGGAAGGAAUUGAACAAUCAAGGAAGAAUGGCAGAGCAGACGAAGUUAAGGGGAGCAGCCGUGGACUUACCGUUAGAAAUAAUAGGAUUUGAGAUAGAGGAGCUGUCUCCGCAGAAGGUCGCCGGCCGCCUGAAAGUCACCCAAAAAUGUUGUCAGCCAUUUAAAGUGUUGCACGGGGGAGUGUCGGCACUGAUAGCAGAGUCGCUGGCGAGUAUAGGAGCCCACAUGGCGUCGGGGCUCAAGAGGAUCGCGGGGAUUCACCUCAGCAUCAAUCAUAUCAAGUCAGCUCAGCUGGGCGACUUGGUUCUUGCUGAAGCCCAACCCAUCAACGCUGGUAAAACCAUUCAGGUGUGGGAGGUACAACUGUGGAAGAUCAAUCCUUCCGACUCUGGAAGAAAAGACUUAAUAUCAUCAUCAAGGGUCACUCUGUUAUCCAAUCUGCCUGUGCCGGAGCACGCAAAAGAUGCCGGAGAUAAUCUAAAGAAAUGCUGUGAAAAAUGAAUUUUCUCAUCAAGUUGAUCAAGAGUAUCAAGAAGGAAGAAUGGACCAGGAGGUGGAAGAAGCUGAAAGAGAUCGAAAUGUUCUUUGAGUUCCAGUACCCUUCUCAAGAGGAGGAUGUUGUACAGUUGAUCAUAAAGUGUCUUCAAUUCGAUUAAAGCUACAUAAGUGCAAACGAUUCUCUCAACACAAAGGCAGCAAGAGGAAGAGGGUUAUCAUAGCAAUUCCAAGGAAUUUUGGUGGGAGAUGAAUUAAUCCCAUGUUAAGUUUGUCUCAAAUUCUUGAUCUGUUUUGAAGAUUGACUCAACCGAGAUAUUUUGGUGGUAAACCGAAUGAGAAGUUUUUCUGAGAACUGUGAUGGAAGCAGAGGAGUUAUAAUGUACUAUCAUCUUAGUUGCAACCCGAUGGGUCGACCCGCUACUUGGAGUAUAUAAUGUACUAUCGUUUUGUUGAGCAUGGUCAUUUUAAUUCGGGGAUUGUUUGAAUUAAGGUUUCAGGGUGAGUUUUAUCGCCGGUGUUUGGGUGUAAUCUUUCUUCUGCAUAGUGAAACAUCUUCUUCUUCACCCAAGGAUGUAGCACACCACAUCGGUGUGUAAACCUCAUUAAAUCUCUAUGUGUUGUGCAAUUUGUCUUGAUUUAUUUUCGUAUUUCUUGGUAUUUGUUCUAACAUCCUAAUGGAUGUCAAGGAUCCUUUCCCCACCUGUGCCACUCUUUUCUUUGUUGCAAGUCAGAUAAGUGUCAGGUAAA